CAAAGUUUCAAGGUCCUGUGUUGUCAUGAACGUGGAAUAGACCUCCCUGCAACAUAUGCAUGGCACAAGAGAUGGGAGGAGGGGAUAACACCGUGGCAGAAGAGAUCCAGUUCUUGAGGAGGAAGGGGAGGAUGGAGAUAUCAGAGGGAACCAGUUUGGUGGGGUCAAUACAGGGCCCAGGAGGACAGAGGGGGCAGUUGUCUAGAUUUGGAAAAUGUAUGAUACUGCUGCUCAUCAUUGCCGUCGUUGUUCUCCUCGUGGCUAUAGUUGCGAUACUGAUCCUGUGUGUGGGGAAAAACGGGUGCAACUAUCCGUGACCACACGGCACAAAUCAUUCAUAUUCCGUUUUAAUAUUUUUGAGCAAACAUCUCCACUCUCCGAGGCGUACAACUAAUUUUACCGUCUCCAUUAUGCAAAACAUUACGACAAUGCACACACAUUCACUAUGAUGUGUACAUUCACUAUGAUGUGUACCUUGAAUCAUGUCAACUAAACCACCAUUUUUAACUUGUAAUUUUUUUAUUGCAUCAUGACCUUGUUUGCUAAAUAAGUACAUCAGUAAGGACAACAAUGAACUACUUUAGUAUAAUGAUGAGUAAUGUCAACGUGUCUACAUGUUCUAAACACCUUGUUGUGAUUGUGUAUGUCAACUGUGGUGACCUCGAGAGCGAAGGUUGUACUCUGCCCUGUGAGAGGUGUUCAGUAAGCUGCUUGAAACUGCUGAUCUACCACCGGUUCUCUUUCCCCUGUGUGUGUUGACAGUGGGUGAGGAGUGACGGGUGGGGAGUGUGCCGUGUGAAGUGUGAGGAUGGGGACGAUGUGAUGGUGUCGUGAGGUGUGAUUGUAGGUCGACUGUGGGUUGAGGAGGGAGACUGGGUGGCCUGGUCGAAUUCCAGCCUGCCAGACAGUGCUGUUUGUAGCAAAAAUAAUAAUUGUAGGGGUAU